AUGGCGAAUAUGAAUGGGAAGAAGAGCAGGCGAGAGACGCUCUUGUGUGGAUGGUAUCUAUCACCACAGCCUUUCCCGAUACCCCGGAUCCCCGUCGUGCAAAACCCUCUACCUGGUCAAUGCCUAGGCCCGAUUGUAAGAAUCAACCCCCACGAGCUGUCCAUUCGCGAUCCCGACUACUACGACGAGCUCUACGUCUCUGGCUCUGUCCGCCCCACCGACCGUUAUGAGGGUUUCGUCAACGGUGUCGUCGACUUCGAGGGCUCCCACUUGGCCACUGUGGCCCACAAGCUUCACUGCAAGAGGGGAAAGCCUCUCGAUCCUUACUUCUCCCGCGCUGGUAUCAACAGGUUGGAGCACAUAGUCGCAGAUCUCACCGAGGAGCUCAUUAUCAAGCGUUUCGAGGACUGGUUUAACCUCUUCCACAGUGGUGUCGUUACGCUUCCUCUCGUCAUGGGUCUCCCUUGGCUUAUCCACCUCAUCCAUCUUAUCCCUGAGUCCGUCUUCGCUGUUAUCGACCCUGGUGCGCAAAACUGGAACACCUUCAGGAUGAUGUGCUAUAACAGGAUCAAGAGUACCAAGGAUACCUCGCUUAUCGGCCGCCCUACCCUCUUCCGCCACCUUGUCAACAGUGACCUCCCCGCCUCCGAGCUUUCCGAUGAGCGUCUCCUCCGUGAGGCUCAGGUCCUCAUUGGCUCCGGCACCAUGACCGGCACUGGUACCAUGUGCUUCCUCGUCUACUAUGUCAAGUCCAACCCCGAGAUCCACCGCCGUCUGACCGAAGAGCUCAAUCCCAUCAUGGAGGGAUACCCCCACAAGAAGCCCAGCUGGGCAGAGAUCGAAAAGGCAGAUCUCAGCUUCGGUACCAUCCACCACCGCCCACGUGUCUCCCCCAACCAGCCCCUGCAAUUCACAGAGUGGGUCACCCCUGCCGGCGUCCCCCCCCUAAGAGUCAACCCUGACAGGUUGCUCAGCAACGCCACUCCCGCCAUGAAGAAGAACUACAUUCCUUUCUCCGAGGGUUCCCGUCACUGCCUCGGAAUGAACCUUGCCUACUGCGAACUCAACUACAUCAUCGCUACCAUGUUCCGUCCUGGUGCUGUCAACUUCGAGCUCUUUGGGACCACUGAGUUGGAUGUUAAGCCUGUCCACAACAUGGUUGUGCCUCUGCCCAGCCUUAAGUCCAAGGGCUUCAAGGUCAAGUUUAACUAG